AUGGCUUCCAAACACCCCUUGAGACGGUCGUGCGCAUUUUGUCGUGCCCGCAAGAUCAAGUGCUCCAAUGAGACGAUUUGUGAAGCAUGUCGAAGGCAGGGAGCAGACUGUAUAUAUGACUUUGAACCUCCUCGCCCCAAGACUCGGCUCAGCCAAGACAGCCCUCGAUCAGAUCCAACGACGCGAUCUGAUGGAGUCUCUGGUCGACAAAGGUCCUCCACUGGCAGCACAUCGCCAAAUGCGAGCUCUGUUGGCACACUCUCGGAGGAGCCCAUGCCAAUGGACGACCUUGACAACAUCGCCCUAGUCUUGGAACAAAAGUUUUAUGAGAACUUUUCUACAGAUGUUGGUCCACGAUCUAACUCAUGGCAGGAAAAGAUUGCAGCCUAUCACCGUUCUAUACAGAAUUCCGUUAAAGAACGCCCCGAAGCCAUGGCCGCCAAGUUCAACCCCAAGAAUGUCAAGUACACCGGCAUCCUCCAUCUGCUAACACAUGAUCUUGUCGGUCUGAUAACGGACCCAUUCGGCUCACUCGGUUGCCAUCAUGUCGAAGAUGGAGGGGCCAGAUUCUUCCUUUCUGGGCUGAUCAGCGACGAGACUCAGACCAUGUUCGACAACAGUCCGUUGAGUGGAAACCCGCUCUCCGAGUAUGGCCAACGCCAACAGACGCAGCUAAUCGAUGUCUGGUUCUCUGUACACCCACUAUCAUUCCUUGUCUCCAAGACGCUACUCCUAAGAGAACUCCGUGACGGAACGCACGAUGAAAUCCUCCUCGCCGCCAUGCUGGCUGACGCCAACUUCAGCAUCGGUGACGAGGUCGCAAUGGCCCGCGGCCACGUUCUGCUCCGAUGGGCCACGGCGCAGCUGCGGACACGACCUCUUCGAUCCAACCAAUUCUCCUCAGGCGGCGCCGCGCAGUACAGUGGAAUCUCGACGCGAAUAUUCAGCGGCAUCUCAACGGCUCAAGCUUUGAUGCUUUUGGCUUGGAAUGCCUUGUGCUCAUUCCAGAUUCGCCGUGCCACAUGCUAUAUUGGCCUUGCGGGCAGGAUUGCCACCGAAAUUAAAGAGCAAAUCUCCAGCACCGCGGCUCCUUUGACUUCUAGUCGAAUAAAUGGGAUUGACGUAUUCGAUGUUGAAAAGGAGAUAGUGGCUUAUCUCUACUGGACUACCUAUUCAUUAAGCCUCUGGGCGUUUAUCCAGAUGGGCAACGGUUAUUUCUCUGGUCUUCUGCCUACUUCUUUAACCUCUAUAUUCCUUCCCGUGACCGAAGCAUCAUCUGUGAUUAUCCAACUAGAUAUGGUGUCCGAAAAUUUCAGCACAUUGCAGAAACAGAAAUCCGUCAUCCGGGAAAUGUGGCCGCUCGCCCACAUUGCCAGUGUUAUUGCCUACAUCUUUGCUCUUUACCCACAUGAAACCGACACGACAGAGUCCCCGAAAACAGAGUUUUGGCAAGAACAGCCACUACUUGCACUGCAACGCAUUCAACAGGGCAAGCCUUCACAGGACGUGGCAUCAGUUUGCCGUGAGAUCAACCGAGUCUUGAUGGAGAGCAUUCAUAUUCUCAACAGGCAGGUCACGGAGACAUCGUCCAGAAGCUUAGUUCUACUUGUCUACCAUGUCAUGGCUAUUCACUUUCUGUUCCCAGUUAUGCCACAGGACCAAGCUGAAGAAGGGGUUCCAGCCGAAGUGGUGGACAGAUUCUGUGCCUCUAGCCAAGAGAUCUUGCAGAUCUUCACGGUCAUUUCAGAGCAGCCCCAAGACCUAUUUAGCCUAACACCAUCACUCCGAUCCUCAUUCCCCGAGCUGUUUUGUCUGGCAUUGGACACCUGCGGGCGGGGGCUUCAUCACAUUCACACGAAGAAGAAGAUGGGGACCUGGCUGAUGGAUUCGCCCAUGACGCACACUUACGACAGCAGGCUGCAUUUGUUGGCCAAGAAGCUAUACACGACCAGUCAAAAUGACUUCCUGAAUCAGGGUAGGUCUCUGAGAUUGGUCCGAAAGCACUUAAAGGCUUGCAUACGAGCCUUUGACGGGACUGGAUGCGGGUCUGCAUCUUCUGGAGUAUCAUCUCCAGACGACAGCAGCAGGUCUGGAAAUUCUAUGCCACAAUCCCCUCUUCACUAUGGUCCCUCAAUCAUUCCGGGUCCCGAAUCAGACUGCAUGUCUACAGCAACAGCUACUGUCAUUGAUUCCAAGUCUUCGUUCAUCCCGGCCAUGGACACAUCGGUGCUUCCGCGAUCCAUGCACCCAUCGCUGCCUUCUUCAGCCCCGGUGAAAGGCUCCGUCCCCUACACACCAAUAGAUGAGCUCCACAAACAUGAUUGGAGUGCUGCAGACGAGCUAUUCCACACUGUACUUGACCCAAACGCCCUCGGUGCGCCCGCGGGAGACCAUCUCAGUGUCUCCGAGCUGGUUGACAUGCACAACGCCUGGUAUCCACAGAUGCACGGGGUCAUGGAUUUCGACAUGUCUGGACCCUUGUCUGGAGGGCAAUGGGAGUGGUCCGAGGUAGGAGUCGAGACGGCAACGGCCGAAUCCGAUAUGGAUUCUGUCUUGUAUUAUUUCGACAAUACCACUAACAAGAGGCCACGCUGA